AUGCCGGCUUGGUCCUUUACUAGCGCUGGAGGUCGCUUAAGUACAACUUUAACCUCGACGGACAGCUUCUUGGAGGUUCUCCAAGCUAUUCUGAAACUACUCUUGCAGGGCCUUUCGACUGUCCAUUGGCAAGUUCAAAUUUGCGCCUCCUGGCACUCACGAGGCAGUGACGGACAACGUUUCAACUUUCUUCACUUGCGACCUUCGCAAGCACGCACAACGGGAUUACAACCAUGCCUGAAUAUGUCUAUGCGCUUCACGACUUUCAUCCAGAGAAUGAGGACGAGAUAGCUUUCCGAGUUGGAGAACCCAUUGAGAUCGUAGAGAAGGACGACCAGUAUAAUGACGGCUGGUGGCAGGGUCGGAACCUAGAGGGUAAAAUUGGUCUCUUUCCGGGAAGUUACACGACCCCGGCAGAGCCAAUUUCCACUCAGUCUAGCUCCUUACGGCCAUUGCCAGAGGAGUCAGAAUCGACGACAUUAACCGGAGGCGAACUAGAACCCAAGAUAGGUGUUGCUGUGGGAGGUGCGAGCUCGGCCGAGGGGGAGGUGAUGAAAGCCACAAUGACCGAUGUCCAAAAAGCAAUCGAGCAGCUCGGGAAUAACGACAACGACCGCGACGGUGCUAGAAGCUUCAGCUUUGCAAGUAGUCGAGAUGGGGAUACCGAUGACGGGCAGACGGACGGGGAAAUAGGAGUCGCGAACGGCGGCAAUGGCUGGCAUCGCAAUGCGCGAGACAAGUUGGCGCAGGAAGCGCGCAAGGUUGUUGAAGAGAAAGCAGCGGCUGAGGCGGCCUUGCGAUUGGCUCCCCCAAUCGACGUUGAGCUGAGCGACGAGAGCGAAGGCGAAGAUGACGAUGGUGCUUUACAACACUUGCAGAACAUGCACUUUACGCAUGAUCAUCCUCAUAUCCCUGAAGAAGAUGAAGAAGAAUUCUCGCGCCGCAGUCUUCAGAGAGAUCGCAAACGCAAUGAUUCCACGGACACAUCCUCUGCCAUUCUUCCUCCAGAAGACGUCCCAAUACCAAAGAGAGAUUCCACAAGCCUCAGGAAAUCUUUGGAGAAAGCGGCGGUCUGUGUUUCAAGUUCACUACCUCGUUCUUCUCGCUCGCCACCACCCGAUAGGCAACGUUCCCCUCCACUGCUGCCCACUCCAACCUCCGCCAAUGUGCCGGGUACCCAAGCACCGCGACCGCCAUCAGCAAAUCUAGUGCCGUUACCUGCCAGUCCUACACCAAGCGCUCAAGUGACGUGUACCUCUAAUUCGGCACGCGAUGGACGCGAGGUACUUAGUGGACUUCCUUCCCCCACCCUAACCGCUGGUAGUAGCCAUCGAAACUCCGCUCAGCCUUCGAAGCAUAAUUCAGCGCUAUCCAUCAAAUCUGCAACGACCACAUCGCAGUCACAACCGCAGGACAUGGAGAAUGAGAACAAAUCAGCUUCUCCGUCCGAAUGGAGUGUUGAGGAUGUCGUCGACUGGCUCAAAUCUAAGGGUUUUGGUCAGGAUGUAUGCGACAAGUUCAUCGAGCAAGAGAUCACUGGGGAUGUCCUGCUUGAGCUCGAUAUCAACCUCCUCAAGACUGAAAUUGGUAUUGUCGCCUUUGGCAAGCGUAUGCGUAUCGCCAAUGCCAUAGCCGAGCUCCACCGCUCCCCAGCUGCCCCCAUACCCGAGAACCAAGUUGCAUCGUCGACACCGUCCCUCCCCCAUUCGCAGUUGGCGUCACCUGUUCCCCCGGCGUAUUCAUACCCACAUUCCCGUACGGCGUCUAUAACGAAUUCGUUGAACAGUCCAUCGUUCGCCGCAAGCAUGGUAAACGCCCAAGCAGCGAUACCACCAAGCUCUGUCUUGCUGGGCGUGGGGUCUCCCGGAAGUCCAAACCCAGAUAUCGUGGCCAGUCCAAUCAUUCCCAACCGGAUGUCGAGUCUUUCUGGUACAGGUGCCAGCCUGAGCAAUACCUCUCCGAGAAUAUCGGUGAGGGGGUCCGUCGACGGCAAUGGUAUCGCCGCAGGCACUGAGAAGGCUACGCUACUCGGGACCACUGGGUUGGGCCUGAAUGUUCCACGUUCUGGGCAGUUGUCGCUGUCUCCCAGUGACCCUUCCCUUAACAAACAUGAUGAAGAAACUGUCGUAGGGUCUGGCGCACUUACUGAUGAAGAUGAACGUGGUGCUCUGAGCGACGGCGAGGCUGCUCGUUCUUCCUCACGACAAUAUCGUCGCUUGUUUGGACGUUCGACCGAAUCGUCUGCGUCUGCGAAGGACAAAAGAUCUUCGACUAACUCCAAGGACGGUGCAUCAUCCGGUACUGCAUCGCCGAGACCGAUGCGAGCAUCUUCGGACGAAGCAUCUGUUGUCAGUCGUCCAAGCCGUGCCAAACGCAACGUGGAUGUGGCCAAUAAGGGAACGGAACGGUUGAGUCUGUUCGGAGCCACAUUUCCAGCCUCGCUGGGAAAGUCUCGGAAGCCCCCGCCGAGGAUCACUUCGACAAUACUGGACGACAACGGAUCGAUGGAAAAGGGAGAUAAACCCUCCUCGCUGGGCCUUUCGCGACUAUACAGGAAAUCCUCUGGUCGUCCCUCCACAUCAGAUGGCAGGUUAGGCGGUGAUGACCCCUUCAGGAAGGGCAAGUUCUCGCCUGACAAGACAAGGUUUCCUAGCCCCACCGGGGAAACCCAGCCAGAAAAAGACCGUGGAUCGAAAGAUUCGGCGACGUUCGUUAAGCGAUCUCGCACCCUUUCUACCGCAGGGGCGACGAAGCCAGGCGCACGUGCUGCCACUACUCUUACACCCGGCAAGAGUGUCAUCGAGCAGAUUGGCGAAGCUGAUCACGCUGGAUGGAUGCGGAAGAAGGGUGAUCACUAUAACUCCUGGAAACUGCGGUACUUCAUCAUUAAAGGGCCACAUUUAUAUAUCUUGCGGACUAGUAGUAAGACGGAGACAAAGAUCAAGGGUUACAUCAAUGUCUCUGGCUACAAGGUCGUGGCGGAUGAGAACGUUGAUCCUGGACGUUAUGGUUUCCGGAUCAUCCAUGAAGCAGACAAGACGCACUCCUUCAGUUCAGACGAACAGAUGGUUGUGCGUGAGUGGAUGAAGGCUAUCAUGAAAGCCACCAUUGGUAGAGAUUAUACGAAGCCUGUGGUAUCCUCGGUGAAUAUCCCUACCAUACCGUUGACAGUCGCACAAGCCAUGAACCCUGCGCCAAGACCCCCGUCGCCAACAGCACGGGACGCCAUACAGAAGGCAUUGAGGCGUGAAAACCCCAACCAGCUCUCGACACGAGAUGCCCGCGUGCUCAUGAGACUGCCCUCGGAAGACAAUCCCCAAGUCGAGGAUUCCCAAGAAAAGGAGAAGUCGAGAUUAGAUCAAAUCGUCUCCGCCAUCAACGACACCAGUGAAUCUAACUCGAGCUUAUCGACUCCUAGAGGAUCCACACUAGCGCCACCCCGGCCGUUGAGAGAAGUUCGCCGGGCAAGCGUUCAGGUCAACGAUGGUUCCGCCAUUGACAAUAGCUUGAUCCCAUGGGCCAAUUCGCAUUUGCCGCAACCACUCCAAGUAGUAGAUCCUACUGGGCCGUUGUUCGGUGGCCUUGCUAUCCUCCGACUAGCUGAAUCCGUGGUAGGAAAAUCGACAUCACCACCCAUUGCUGACUCAGCAUUCCCGUCCGGACCUAGUGACGACAAAUUGGAGGGCCUUUUCCGCCUUUUUGAUUUCCUUCUUGACAACGAUGUGAAAGUGGGGAAUGUGAGCAUAAAUGAUGUUCGGCAGGGCAAGAGAGACAAAGUGGUGCAGCUCUUGAAAGCAUUGAAGGCCUGGGAAGAUAGACGUAAGGAUAUCCUACGCUCGAUGGGCCAAGGGUCAGCUCAGGGUGGUACGUUCAUGACCCUGCGGAGAUGAUGAUCGAUAAAGAAAGAGAACGACGAUCCACACAUGACAUUUUACCCUGAGGUUAUUUGGACUCAGAACAGCAUUCCCUUCGUUCCCUCUUAUAUCACCCCUGAACAGAUAUAGUCACUCCUUUGCAUUGAACUGGUAUUUCGUUCUUUAAUUUGGAUACCCUGGAUUUGGAGAUCCGUAUUUAUUCCAGGUGCUUAGGUUAAGUUAAAUGGCUAGCGAAUGCGCAUUUGAAAACAAGAAAACCACAAGGUUCUAUGAGGACGAGACAAUCUAUAGCUUGGCAGACGACUUCAGGGCUGAGCCUGGCAUCUUGGUAUGGACUCCAGAAGCAAUGAGCCGGUGGUUUGUAGCAUCCCAAAUCUUCGGAUAACAUGAGAAACUGGAAGAAAACCACACGAGAAGGAAGAUGAUAUACCUCACAACGCGAGGUUAGUACUCUACUCCCGCAGCUUAGCGUUGUGGACACGAUGCGGAGUCGGUCACCC